CUCUCGCUAAAAGAGAAACAAGAAGAACAGACACUAUAGUAAUUACAAACCAACUUCACACGUAGAACCAGUCAACAACCCACAACUCUCCUUUUCUCUUUUCGUAAUACAAAAAACGGGAAAAGAAAAUACGACCCGCUCUGCAAAAUUUCUUCCCCUUGACCUUUCCAGCUUUCCCCCUCCAAAUUCAUACAACUCGGCAGCAAACAAGCAAGACAUCGCAUUCCACUGCUAUUUCCUCUCCACUUCCGGAUUUCCAAAAAGAAGAAAAACGGAAACAAUCAACCCUUUAUAAAAUCCCCUUUGAUUCCCCUUUCCGCCUCUCAUCUCAAUCUCACAAUACCCUCUCAAUUCUCAAUUCCUUUGGGGAGAGAGAGAGCCACUCAAAAGAACACAAACAGAGCGAAAAGUUGGGCAGAACCCAUUUCUUAGAAAUCCCAAUUUCAGUAGUCUCUUACUACCAUAAAUAUCGAACCUUUCCCCCCAAUUUCCGGCCAUGGGGAAGUCACUUGGAGCUCUGAUCAUUACUGGGUUCCUCCUCUUCCUUUCCUUCUUCACCUCGCCGUCUCAAGCCCAAACCUGCAACGGCUUGGCCUUACCAAGCAACCAAGUCUACUCAACCUGCGUAGAUCUGCCAGUUCUCAGCUCAUAUCUCCACUGGACAUUUCACCAAGACAACUCCACCGCUGAUAUAGCCUUCAGAAAGACUGGAACCUCACCCACCAACUGGGUUUGUUGGGCUCUGAACCCUAGUGGAGGCCGAAUGGUUGGCUCCCAAGCUUUGGUCGCUUUCCAGCAGGCUAAUGGUUCCAUGACUGCUUACACCACUUCGAUCGACUCCUUGGGUCCUUCCAUGAGACCAGGGAGCUUGAGCUUUAGAGUUUCUAACCUCAGAGCUCAGCAUAGUAAUGGGGAGACUUUGAUCUUUGCUACUUUGCAUCUGGAUGCCAAUUUGUUGUCAACCAAUCAGGUUUGGCAAGAGGGGCCCUUGGCCAGUGGGACUCCUUCAAUGCAUUCUACUACUGGGGAUAAUGUUAGGUCGAUUGGGACUAUCAAUUUCCAGACUGGUGCUUCCACUGCCGGUGGUGGUGCCAGUAACUCAAGACUCCGCAAGAGGAAUAUUCAUGGAGUUCUGAAUGCAGUGAGUUGGGGAAUUCUGAUGCCUUGCGGGGCCAUGAUAGCAAGGUACGUGAAGGUGUUCCAGGUAGCAAACCCAGCAUGGUUCUACCUCCAUGUUGCCUGCCAAUUGUCUGCCUACAUCAUUGGUGUUGCUGGCUGGGGAACGGGACUCAAACUCGGCAGUGACAGUGUUGGAAUUCAGUACAACAAGCACAGGAACAUUGGAAUCACCCUCUUCUGCUUUGGCACCCUUCAGAUGUUUGCCUUGCUGUUAAGGCCAAAGCCAGACCACAAGUACAGAGUGUACUGGAACUUCUACCAUUAUGCGAUCGGGUAUGCGACCAUUGCCCUCAGCAUCACCAACAUCUACGAGGGAUUCGACAUCCUCAACCCAGAGAAGAAGUGGAAGAGCGCGUACACCGGCAUUAUCAUCUCGUUGGGAGUCAUUGCUCUGGUGUGGGAAGCUCUCACUUGGCUCAUUGUCAUCAAGAGGAAGCGGGCUGUUGGCUCUGCUGAUAAGUAUCCCAAUGGAGGCACUGGAUAUGGUCACAGGACACAGCAGAAUGCUUGAAGAUUCUUCCUUUUCACUUCUUGAGAACGAUUCAUUUACCGCCCCUCCCCAUUAGUGUGUAUUUUUUCUCUCUCUCUCUCUCUCUACAUUUUUAAUUUAAGUUCUCUCUCUUUUGGGUAUCUCCUUGUGAGUUUAGUGCUUAUACACUGCAGUGGGAAGGGCUUGUUUUGGAGGGACUUGAUGGUUUGUAGAGAGUACUCUAUAGUUUAGAUCUUGUCACUUAGUAUAUAGAGACCAUUUGUUUUGUAUGUGAUUCUUUCUACUACUUACCAUGCCUCUCUUCUCUGCUAUAUAUAUAUAUAUAUAUAUAUAUAUAUAUAUAUAUAUAUAUAUAUGCGCAUAUAUAUAUAUAUAUA